UGGUCCUUUUGUUCUUGCAUCGUACUCCGUACGCUUCUUAACUUUGGUCUUGAGAAGCCCGCCAAAAUCCCAAACAUUGGCCGACUCAGGCAUCCCAACAGCCUAUUUCAUCCCCCACUCUCCGGCCCAGUUUACAUUUGACACCUCCGGCGCCCGCGAUCGCUAACUGUCUCCGCCUAAGUCUUUGGCAUUCAAGCAUGGUCCAGGCGUGAGGGCGGCCUAUCACUGACCUCGUCCGGGGGCUCUCAUCGCUGACCAUUACCGCCCCUCCAGGCUUUGCACUCAGCCUGGUGCACAGCUGAAAGCUCACCGAGCCUCACGGCACCCUUUGCUUGGUAUGAGGUACUUUGACUCAAGCAAAAGACCUGCAGAAGUUCGGCAUUGACAUUUACAGCUAACUGGCCUACUUCAUUGGUAUAUACGUACAAUAACCACCGCUGACAUUGGGUUCCUCGUAACAAAAUUUGCUUCUCAUCUUCCCACUACAAUCUGAGUCUGUUCCUGCAUGAGCCUCCUACCCAACAACUGUCCGGCCUCUCACUAAGACCCGGCUAUCACUGAACCUGCUUCUCCUUGACACUUGGACGGUUCCGGAACUGGAUUCGACCCAAGGAUCUCGCCGUACUUUUGACACCACUCCUUUGCCACCCAUUGUCAGUUCUAUGGUCAUGUGGCCGCAAGGUCGGCCCUUCACAGUGCCCAUUCACACAGGGCCUGUUGGUCCACAUUACUAUCUGCAAGAUACGAUUGACUCUUCCCACAGCCUUCUGCCGGUCAAUAUCACCAACUCGACCAAUGGAGCUUUUCCCUACCAGGAGCCAGCCGCUUCCACCUUGUCUGUCUUGGCACGCCGGAAACGAGCUAGCAAACCAAAAGUACGGACAGGUUGCAAAACGUGCAAGAUACGGCGUGUGAAGUGCGAUGAAACCAAACCGAGCUGUAAGCGAUGUACCUCCACUGGUCGUAAAUGUGACGGGUACGAGUUCCCCAAAGAGACUUCGGAAAAAUCAUCAUCACCAUCCACAUCAUCGCCACCGUCCCGUUCUUACGGAGUGAUUCAACAUCUAUUUCAACCUGACUCCAUCUCCAAACCGUUUCAAGGCAACACGCAGGAGCGUCGUAUCUUCCAUCGCUUCCAAUACUGUACAGUGCCCGCCUUUGCUGGUGGCUCUGAAGCCGGAUUCUGGACCAACCUCGUAUUGAAGGUGGGUCUGGAGGAGCCCAUCGUCCGCAACGCCAUCAUCGCACUGGGCACGCUCCAUGAGGACUAUCAGGACCGGAGUGGCAGGUAUUCGCCCCAGUUGAUAGAGGACAACAGUUACCGUCACGCCUUGUCUCUCUACGGCGGUGCCCUUCGGCAGCUUAAUCAAAGACUGAACGAGCCCUCGAAACUCAAUGCCAAGCUCGCCAUCGUCGCCAGUAUAUUAUUCGCCUGCUUCGAGGUACUCCGUCGCAAUAACAUGGCUGCAGUAAUUCAUUAUCAACAAGGCAUGAGAGAGUUGUUCCGCCAAAUGAACCUCCCCAAGAGCGACGAUGCCUCACUGGUGACGUCCGACUCACAAGCAACAUUCCGAGAAAUCCCAGAAAAUGAAGUCGACGAGUUGCUACGAGUCUUUGCUCGCUAUGACAUCCAGGCCUGCACCUUCUCCAAGGACCGCGCCGAACGCCUGUCUACCCAUAUCACAUUGCCUCGGGUGCUGCCUACUGAUAUGACGCUGAGUCAAGUUCGUUAUCACCUGGACAACCUGCUGGUAUCCGUAUACCAACUUGUCAAGUCCGAUCUCCGAAUGUAUCGGUACUGGGAUGCAGACUCGGUGCCUACAGAAUGGCGGACACAGACCCAGGAAGCAGUCAAGACUUUCGAUACCUGGAUGACGGCAUUGGAAGACUUCUUUACAUCCAACAGCCCACGAUUGACCAAUAGCGAGAUCAAGAGUCUGCUGGGAAUGAGGCUGCAGAUCAAAACUGCAGUUAUCAUGCUCAAGGUCUGUAUCGAUUGCGGGCCUGAGAGCAUAUUCGACACUUUUAGAGAUGACUUUGAAGAUAUGGUGUCCAAGGUCGAACAAAUGACUGAAGCUCUUGGCAUGCCGGAAGCUGAGCCAUUGGAGAUGGAGCUUACACCAUUCACCAUGGAACUCGGCAUCAUACAUCCCCUAUUUUUCGUCGCGUGCAAGUGUCGAGACUGGGACCUUCGGCGUCGAGCGAUCGUGCAGCUAAAACGGGCUGGCAAAGAAGGCGUUUGGGAGGGUCCCAUCAUGGCUGUACUAGCGUCCCGCAUCAUGGAACUUGAAGAGGAGGGACUGUUGGCCGGAGAGGCUGUUCCUGAAACACAACGAUUUCACGAGAUUAAGAAGAAUGUCGAUUACGACAACCGACAGGUACUUAUGGAAGCCACCAAGGCGAUUGAUACGACCUGGAAGAAUUUUGCGAUACAUCGGGAGGCUGUUGCGUUCUGAAGCGAUUGACUGAGACGAUUAGCGCGGAGUUAUGGGCAAACAUAACAGCAGCGAAACGAGCGAUGCAUCUGUGUUUGGCGUUGAAACGGUUGUGAGCUUUCUGUUGACCAUUGAGUCUAUCAAAAAUGUUAGGGCGUACGUGAGCGUAAACGACGGCAAUGGACAGCUCAAGACGUAAUAGAGUAUGGUGGUCAUGUGGUGCUUAGCAAGGUCCAAUCUGGGCACGGAGUACUACGGAGUACAUAUUACACCUAUUCGGCGAGAGGGAGCGCGACAUCUAAACAGUACCAAAU